ACGUAAGAUGAAUAAAACAUUCCAGGACGUGCUGUUAGAGGAAAUCAAUCCACUUGGGAAUGAAAACAGGAACACUAGCUGUGGCCACGCCUUCUUCACUGGGACUCAAAGCCAGAUUAACACAGCCAUAUUAACUAAAAAGUGAUGUAUAUACUGUAUAAUGCUGGAGCUCAGAGAAGAGAUCUUGCUGUUACACGUUUGGGUGGAGUUUCACACUACUUCCUCCAAUCAGAGCGAGAGUGGGCGGGGCAAACCUAGAGCGGGACGACUCAGAACAUCUGUGUGUGCGCGUGUGUCUGUGUGUGUGUUCAGAAUGCAGAGACAGACAGAGGAGACACGCUUUGUGUCAAACCCCUUUGGAUUAUGAGACUUGUGUGAAGCAAGUGAACUUGGUGGAAGUGCUCUAGAUUUGUUCACUACACUUUAUUGGACUUAAGGAUUUAGGGUGGAUUGGGGGUGCGGUGUGGAUUGGGAUGAUGCCGAGGAGUUUACAUACUUAGAGCAGGGAAGGAUUUGAGCUGCUCCUUCAUACACUCACACACACCUGCACAGCAUCUGGCUGUAGCUGUAUUGUGACGCAGCAAUGACUCCGACUAAACAGUCUUCUCGUGGCUGGACCUCCAUCCUGUGCUGCUUUAAGAGAAGCGAGCAGCCUGAGAUCACCUACAGGAUCAGCCACGACACCAAUCACAUGGUGCACGCCAUGGAGCCCAGGCUGCCCCUACCUCCCGCCGAGGAGCUGGACGCCAUGUUCUCCGAGCUGGUGGAUGAACUGGACCUCACUGAUACACACAGAGCGGCCAUGUUCGCUCUCCCUGCUGAGAAAAAAUGGCAGAUAUACUGCAGCAAGAAGAUGGAACAGGAGGAGAAUAAAGGAGCGAUGAGUUGGCCCGACUAUUACAUCGACCAGAUUAACUCCAUGGCCGCUAGGAAGACGGUCCUGGCUCUGGAGAAGGAGGAAGAAGAGGAGAGGAACAAAUCCAUCCAGGGUUUAAAGACAGCGUUGAGGACACAACCCAUGAGUUUUGUGACCCGCUUCAUCGAUCAGGACGGCCUGACGUGUCUGCUGAACUUCCUGAAGAACAUGGAGUACGAUACGAGCGAGUCUGAGAUCCACACCUCGCUGAUCGGCUGCUUCAAGGCUCUGAUGAACAACUCUCAGGGCCGCGCCCACGUCCUCACUCACCCCGAGGGCAUCAACAUCAUCGCUCAGAGCCUCGGCACCGAGAACAUCCGCACCAAAGUGGCCGUGCUGGAGAUCCUGGGUGCCGUGUGUCUCGUCCCCGGCGGCCACCGCAAAGUCCUGGAGGCCAUGAUGCACUUCCAGAAAUACGCCAGCGAGAGGACGCGCUUCCAGUCCCUGGUGAACGAGUUGGACAGGAGUACGGGCCGUUACAGAGACGAGGUGAACCUGAAGACGGCCAUCAUGUUCUUCAUUAACGCUGUGCUCAGUCGGGGAGCUGGAGAGUCGAGUCUGGACUUCAGGAUUCACUUACGUUACGAGUUCCUCAUGCUGGGAAUCCAACCGGUCAUCGACAAACUCCGGAGCCAUGAGAACGAGACGCUGGACAGGCAUCUGGACUACUUCGAAAUGAAGAGAAAUGAAGACGAGCUGGAGUUGGCCAAGCGCUUUGAGAAUGUUCAUAUCGACACUAAGAGCGCCUCGCAGGUGUUUGAGCUCAUCCGUAAGAGGAUCAACCACACCGAGGCAUUUCCACACUUUAUCUCCAUCCUCCAGCACUGCCUCCACAUGCCCUAUAAGCGGAGUGGGAACACGGUGCACUACUGGCUCCUCCUUGACCGAAUCGUCCAGCAGAUUGUCCUACAGACUGAUAAAGGUCACGACCCCGAUGUCGCGCCUCUGGAGAACUUCAAUGUAAAGAACGUGGUGAGAAUGUUGGUGAAUGAGAAUGAGGUGAAACAGUGGAAAGAGCAGGCGGAAAAGAUGAGGAAAGAUCAUAGCGAGGUGCAGCAGAAGCUGGAGAAGAAGGAGCGAGAGUGUGAGGUGAAGGCGCAGGAGAAAGAGGAGAUGAUGCAGACGCUCAGUAAGAUGAAGGAGAAACUGGAGAAGGAGAACAACGAACAUAAACUCACCAAACAGCAAGUGGCUUCACUCAUGGCUCAGCUUCACGAGCUCAGUACUAGGGCAGUUGUUCCUGGAGCCCCUGGUCACAUUCCUGAAGCUCCUGGUGCUCCCUCUGCUCCUUCACCUUCAGCAGGAGGUCUCGCUCCGCCUCCUCCUCCUCCUCCUCCUGCUCCAGGUGGGAUUCCUCCUCCUCCACCUCCUCCUCCUCCUCCAGGAGCUCCUCCUCCUCUUUCUGGACUUCUGUUCGGUUCUCCUGGAUCAGCGCAGAAGAAGAAGGACAUUCCUCAACCUUCGAAUCCACUUAAAAGCUUCAACUGGGCCAAACUUAAUGAGAACAAGCUAGAAGGAACCUUGUGGACGGAGCUGGACGAUAUCAGAGUUUUUAAAGUUCUGGACCUGGAGGACAUAGAGAAGACGUUUUCAGCCUACCAGAGACAGCAGAAGGAGUCUGGCGAUGACGCAGCUGCAAAGAAAGUGAAGGAGCUGUCGGUUAUCGACGGUCGCCGAGCACAAAACUGCAACAUCCUCCUGUCACGGUUAAAGCUAUCCAACGAUGAGAUUAAGAAGGCCAUAAUGACCAUGGACGAGCAGGAGGACCUUCCCAAAGACAUGCUGGAACAGUUGCUGAAGUUCGUCCCAGAAAAGAGUGACAUUGACCUCCUGGAAGAACACAAACACGAGCUGGAGAGGAUGGCCAAAGCCGACCGCUUCCUCUACGACAUGAGCAGGAUAAAUCAUUAUCAGCAAAGACUGCAGUCGCUCUACUUUAAAAAGAAGUUUGCUGAAAGAGUCGCAGACAUCAAGCCAAAAAUCGAAGCUCUCAGUCAGGCGUCUACAGAGGUGCUGCAGAGCCGAAACCUGCGCCAGCUCCUGGAGGUCGUCCUUGCGCUCGGGAACUACCUGAACAAAGGUCAAAGGGGAAACGCGUACGGCUUCAGAGUGUCCUCGCUCAAUAAGAUCCCCGACACCAGGUCCAGCACCGACAAGAACAUCACGCUACUGCAUUACUUGGUAAUGCUCCUGGAGCAGAAAUAUCCCAAGGUGGCGCUGUUUCAUGAGGACCUGCAGAAUGUCCCAGAGGCUGCUAAAGUCAACAUGACAGAACUGGAGAAAGACAUGAACAGCCUGCGCAGCGGCCUGAAGAGCGUGGAGGCGGAGCUGGAGUACCAGAAGAGUCGUCCCCCAGACUCAGGUGAUAAGUUCGUGUCUGUGGUCAGUCAGUUCAUCACCGUGGCAGGAUUCAGCUUCUCUGAGGUGGAAGAUUCACUACAGGACGCCAAGGAGACGUUCCAGAAGGUGGUGAAGGUGUUCGGCGAGGAACCCAGCUCGACGCAACCCGACGAUUUCUUCGGGAUUUUCGAUCAGUUCCUGCAGGCGUUCGCUGAAGCCAAACAGGACAAUGAGAACAUGCGCAAACGCAAGGAAGAGGAGGAGCGCAGGGCUCUCCUGGAGGCUCAGCGGAAGGAGCAGAGGGAAAAGGAGCGAAAAGCUCGUAAAGCGAUGGAGAACUGUGAGGAGGACGGCGAGUUUGACGACCUCGUCUCUGCCCUCCGCUCCGGAGAAGUGUUCGACAAAGAUAUGAGCAAAAUGAAACGCAACCGCAAACGACAAACCACUCAGAACCUCGAGACAAGCAGAGAGAGACCGAUCACCAAACUCAAUCUCUGAGGAAAAUCAGCGCUAAGGCUAAAUAAAAGAGAAGAAUUCAUUCUAACAAGUCACGGCAGUCGAGAGAGAAAAAAAGACUGUAUAUCUUUGCACUGUUGUGGCCUGCUAGUAAUCGGAUAAUUAGCCAUGCGUAAGAAAUUAGCCUAAACAGUAAAAAAAAAAAAAAAAAAAAAACCCUGUCAGGAGACACGGGGAUGCUGGAUAUGUUAUGGAUAUGAUACGUAGCGUUUCAGCUGGAUUUUCAGUGUUAAAUCUGAUGUGCAUUGUGGUUAGUAUACAUGCCUCAUAUGUGUAAAUGUGCCACAUGAACGAUAAAUAAGCUUUUUGCUAGAACGAACUCAAAAUAUUCUAGAAUUUUCUUAUAAAAAAAUGACUCUUCUAGGACGUCCUGCUGUUAGGGAUGGAAACUGCGAUGACGCUGCCAUCUGGUGGUGAAGUGGAGGUACUGCACCUUCUCAUCUUUAACUUCAUGGAUAAUGAUUUAUUUUUAUUUUUUUUGCUGGGGGGAAAAAAAAAGCACACGAACUCAAAUCUGAACUAAGGACUGACUCGGUUUAUCUGUGUGUGGCAAAAUGUGUUAUGUCUCGUUGUUGGUGUGCGUUCAGCUUAUUAGUGAUUUUGAACAAACACAAAAUGGCGACCCAAACACCCGCUGGUUAAAAUUUCAUUAAACAUUAGCGAGUGUGUAGGUGUGUUUUAUCAUAUCAGUCAGCUCAUUAACACACACUUCACCAAGAUGAAACAGGUGUUUUGAAGUGUUUUCAUUUACAUGUGAAGUCUUUACUCACUAACGAAUAUUUCAACAGCAGCAACAACAAAACGUGAAAUCCACUUUAAAUUUUAAACUUCUCCCUCUUGCCAAAUAAUUUUGCUCACAUCAUUUAAGCCCAAUAACAGAUAUAAAAUGUGCUGUUAUUUAACGAAGGCAGUGUAGAAUUGUGAAUGUGGUGAAGCUUUCUCAGGCUGGUGAGGGAACAACUGUUUAUAACUUGGCUCCCAGUUUGAAUUAGCCAUGAGGCUAACAUGUAGUGAAAGCUUAUAGCCACCAGUUUAGCACUGUACACCAGCUCAGUGAAUUUUGAGGUUAAGACAAAGUUCUCAGCCAGACUUUUCCUUUAUUUAACAAAAGCCCAAAUCUACAGAGACAAUUCAUUCACCCAUAAUAAUUUAUGUUUAUUUUCUAGCUUGUUCGUUUUAUUGUAAUAGUUCUACACAAAACAUUUGUAAAAGUAUUAGACUUUCAUUAGAUUAUCAGUGUGAUUGCUGAAUAGAACACGCAUACACAUAAACACAGCUUUAUGAAUACAAAUUAAUUCAGAGAAGAUCGGAAGACGUGAAAAAAUUCAACAGAACCGACAUCGUUUUAAAAUGUUACAUUUGCUUUUGUCUUAACAAAGAAGUUAAGAAAAAGAUUUACCACCAAAAAAAAAACAAUAAUAUUAAUGCACUUGAUGUUAAUUUAUUCCAAAAUUAAAAAUUUUAUAGGUAAACAUUUUCGUUUUCAGAGGCAACAUUUUGUAAAAGUUCUACACAACAAACGCUGUGUUUCUGUGAUUAAACUCUGCAUUUAAAGCGAAACCGUAUGAACUGUAUAUUGUGUAUAUCACUGUAAUCGCACUGUGUAUUCAUAUCUGUACAAAUGUAAAUAAUCUCUUAUUAAUAAGAUGCCACUCUGGUUUUGAGUUCACGAUUUUAUGAUUUAGGAUUGCGUUGUUGGUACUGUUGAAUGCUUUUGUGUGUGUGUGUGUGUGUGUGUGUAAAAUUGUACAUCUGUAUGUGGGUUUUCUCAGUGUCCUUUUUAUUUAAAAACAAUGUGAAAUUGAUUACAGAAAAAAAAUAAAAUACAAUAAAAAUAAAACUAAUCCAUGGGCUCAUUUGAUUUGCGUAUUGAAGUAAAAUCAGAGGAAUGUUAACGUGACGCUGUUCAGCCCUUUAACCCUUGUUUGCUUAGCUUGAAUUAGAUUCUUAAUUUUAAAUAAAGUGGUUUUAAUGUAAAGGACAGGGUUUUUUUUUUGUUAUCCUUCCUGUUUUUGGCUGUAUUAAAUAAAAUCAGCUAUUUUUUUUUUUUAAUAUAUAUAUAUAAAAGCAUUAUUUGGACCCACUAACAUUAUUGCCCUGUAGAGUGAAAUGUUCCCAGAUAUGAUCAGUGUGCAGUUACACUAAUACCACAGAAGUUAAUAACAAUAAUUCCGAAUUAUUGCUCCUUAUUUUCCUCUCUUAAAGGUUCUAGGUAGAACCAUACAAGAAAGUGUAUUCCUUUCAGAGCGGGUUCUAGGUAGAACCCUUAAUUAUCUAAUCAACACCAAAGAAACCCCUUUUUUCUGGGUGUGUAGUAACUGGGUAAGUGUUCAUUACUUUUCAUUAUUUUCUUCUUAAUAUCUAGAACCUGUCAGGACUUGAAUGAUUAGCUUCUUGGUACUUGAUGCACUCGCAGAGAAAAGGAGUUGUUUAAGGGUUCAUUGGAUAAUUAAGUUCUUAGUCUUCUAAAUUCAUUUAACUUUGAAAACACCCCCCCCCAACCCCCCACCCCAGAGGAACAACUGAAGAACCACUAAGUGUAUAAAUGUGUACCUGUGAACUUUCAUCUGCAGCUCAUAGCUCAAGCAGAAAGCCAAGGACGCAAAUUUUCGGCACC